UUUUCAUAAAUAGAUAUCAAUAAACAGCAUUACAAAAUGAAUUAUUUUAAAUCAUUUGUGAAAGGCAGUGAUGAGCAACAGCCGAGUGGAGCAGAAACCGUAUCAAGACUUUGUGAUCGUGUUGCAUCAUCUACGCUCCUUGAAGAUCGUCGAGAUGCUGUUCGUGCAUUAAAAUCAUUGUCGAGAAAGUUCAGAUAUGAAGUUGGCACACAGGGAAUGGCUCAUAUUGCUACUGUUUUAAAUCAAGACGCAAAUGAUGAUGAAAUGGUGGCAUACGCACUCGAUACAUUAUGCAAUCUUAUGUCUGAUAUGGAAGAAGAUGAUGACGUAGUUCCGCAACCUGAAUUAACUCGUACAUUUGUCGAAAAAUUUACCGCGGAAGAGAAUAAUAUAAAUGUGGUAUUAGAUUUCGUUGAGCGAUAUGAUUUUAGUGUUCGACUCUCCGCACUACGGCUUAUGAUUUCAUUACUGAAAGGUCAACCUGGUAAAAUACAAGAAACUGUGCUUAUGAAACCCAUGGGUAUAUCUCGACUAAUCGAUUUAUUGACCGAUUCAAGAGAGGUCAUUCGAAAUGAUGCGUUAUUGUUGCUCAUAGAACUGACGCGUGGAAAUUCCAACAUCAAAAUUAUUGCUUUUGAAAAUGGCUUUGAUAUUAUUUUGGAUAUAAUAAGGGCAGAAGGGAUGAGUGAUGGUGGAGUUGUAGUAGAAGAUUGCCUUUUGUUGUUACUACAUUUACUAAAGAGAAACACAUCAAACCAGCAAUUUUUCAAAGAAGGUUCAUUUGUGCAGCGUUUGACACCAUUUUUCGAAAUUGAUUCAGAGUCUGUAUGGUCUGCACAAAAAGUUGCAAAUUUGCAUCUCAUGCUGAAACUUGUAAGAACGUUGGUUGCACCUUCAAAUCCAUCAAAUGUGACAUCUUCUUGCCAGCUUGUAAUGCAGCAAUGUGGAUUACUAGAGAGGCUGUGUAAUAUGUUGAUGGCCACUGGUGUCCCGGCAGAUAUUUUAACAGAAACUAUCAAUACUGUUUCGGAAGUUAUUCGGGGAUGUGAAGCUAACCAAGCUAUGUUUGAAUCUGUUCAUGCACCUUGUGAGCCUCCACGUCCAGCGAUUGUUGUUUUGUUGAUGUCGAUGGUCAACGACAAACAGCCUUUUGAAUUACGGUGUGCUGUUUUGUAUUGCUUCCAAUGCUUUUUACAUGGUAACCCAGCAGGACAGACAAAAAUUGUCAACACAUUACUGCCUUCCUCACUUCAACCACAACAAAUUUCUGCCGGUCAGCUGCUUUGUGGGGGAUUAUUUGCUGCUUCUGAUCCACUGUCUAAUUGGUGUUCUGCUGUCGCGCUUUCACAUGCAUUAAAUCGUAAUACUGAAAUGAAACAGCAACUGUUACGAGUGCAACUCGCGACAAGUGUAGGAAAUCCACCUAUAUCUUUGCUGCAGCAAAUUACAAAUAUAGUUAGGCAAUCAGCGAGCAUUCAAAGUCGAAUGGGUCUACUUAUUCUAUUGUGCAGUUGGCUUUCUGGUUGUCCAAUUGCUGUUUCCCAUUUAUUACAUGAUUCAGAUGCUGUUCCUUUUCUUUUGAGCCAAAUAGCCGAGCACGGAGAUGAAUUGGACCACGUUUUGCAUGGAGUAUGUGCUCUUUUGCUAGGAAUAUGCAUUGUUGAUAAUGAUGGUUCAGUUUCUCAAUGCACGAAAGAGUCACUCAUUGAGUUAAUUGUAGCAAGAGUAGGGAUUGAAAGAUUUUGUGACUCCCUCGGAGCAGUUACAAAACAUGAUCUGUAUUCUAAAGCGUUUCAACGUUCUCAACCUGUUGCACCAUCUUCAGAUGAUAUGUUGUUCGAUCAUAAUUUUACCAAAUUGUUCAAAACUUUGGAAGAUAAUAUUAUAAAAAUGGUUUCAAAUUUAGAGGAUGUCAAGAAAGAGGAGGAAUCAAAAGCCGCCAUCAAGGCCCAUGAUUCGAUCAUAAAGGAAUAUCAGGCUCUGAUAAGAAGUCAAGAUACAGAUUUAAAAGAAUUGAGAUCUCGUGUUUCCAGUCUUGAAUCUGAAUUAUCACAAACAAAGGAAAACUUGGAUGAACGCACAGCACAAGUUCAGCAAUUAAAAGAUCAAUAUAACGUAUUGAAAACCAUGCAUGAUUCUUCAUCCGGUGAUGGUGUCAGCGAUGCUGCUGAGUUAUUGUCAUCUUUGAAUGUGCAAAUUGAAGAACUGAAGCAAGAAAAUGCAGAAAAAAAUGCAAAGUUACAAGAAAAAGAAAAUUCUAUUCAACAGUUACGUAAUGAUCUUGAUGGUUUAGAACUUCGUUCUCUGCAACUCUCGUCCUCUGAUGAAACUCAACAAAACAACAAUCAACAAAGCAAUACUAACAUACCAGAUGACAGUAUACAUGCCAUCAAUGUGCCUGAUGAUUCGAGACUACAAGAACAUAGAUUAGUACAACUCACAAAUGAAGUUGAUUCAUUACGAUCCCAACUUCAAGCAAAGGAUGAAGAAAUUUCUAGGUUGUUAUCAGAAGGUGCACGCUCUCAAAACACAACUGAUGAAGUGUAUGAUGUACUUGUUUCUGAGAAGACGUCAAUGCAAACAAAGAUACAUGAUCUUGAAUCCAGAUUGAAUGUUACCAGCCAAGAAAACCUCACACUUCAGGAUAAAAUCUCAACACUUGAGGAAAAACUCUCCAAUUUACAGAGUAAAGAAGAAUCUCUUGUACAACAAGUUACCGAUGCAAACUCCAAGGCAGAAGAGGCAAAAGCGCAAGCUGAAGAUUUUAAAAAAGAGCAAGAAGAUUUGCUUAUUCUUUUAUCAGACCAGGAGACUAAGCUAGAAUCUUAUAAAACUAAAAUUAAGACUCUAGGUGGGGAAAUAUCAGAUGAAGAUGAUGAUGAAGAAGAAGAGGAUGAUGAGGAAGAUGAAGAUGUUAUAGAAUCCUUAAAGCAAAAUUCUCAACCUGGAGACACUAAUGGUGUUAACACCCACCCAGAAUAAUGUCAAAAAUAAUUCUUGAAAAUAUUUUUAUUCCAUAUUAGUACAAAUUCUAUUUAGACUGCUGUACAUGUCUCACUGCUUUAAAUCUCAGAAUGGAAUGCUAUGUAAUAUUAUGUAAAUUUCAUACAGAUUUGUAUAAGAGAAUUUGAAGGAAUUCUAGAUUUACUGCUUGUAUGUCCAUGCAUACGAUAGGCUUCCUGUACAGUUAGGACUCCUUUUCAGCUAUUUUUAUAUUGAAUAUAUCUUUAAGAUACUUUUUUUUGCUGCUCCACUCAUAGGAAUGUUAUGGAUUAAUUGCGCAUUCCUCACGAUAAUAAUCAUUUAUGGAGAAGGAUUGUAGAAUAUGAAAGUAGAAACACUCUGAUAGGUCUGAUAAUAUUAUGAAUUAUGAUGAUAAUCAUUUUACAAGAACAUUGGGGCUUUCUAUGAAAUUUUUAGAUUCAAAUUUCUCCAAGGCAAUGUAUUAUAUUUUUCAUGUCAUACUUAAGCAUACUUUUAUCUAAUAUUGUAUGCUGUUGUAUCAUAUUAUAGGUAUUAUCUAUAAUGAAAAGUAAUGUUGUGGUAUUUUCUUAUAGUUUUAUUUUCUGCUUAUAAUGUACAAAUAUUUAUAUCACAUGAUUUGGUCAUAUUUGAAUAGGACGUUCUGUUCAUUCUGAGGGCAAAUAGGUGCAUGAGAUCUUGCCUAGGUAUGUCAUAUGGCCCAAUUUGUAUCAUUCAGUGCAUGAUAAGUUUUUAUAAGUUUGAUCUGAAACCUUGUAUUAUCAAAUACUCACUCCGUGAUUAUCUACUUCUGAGUCUAUUUUUCUGUGUAUAAGAUAUGGCCUCUGCAAUCAUUAGUUUUUUGUGCAAUUACGACCAGUUAAUGGAUGGCUGUAACUCGGGUCCAAUAUCUUGAAUGCUUUCAUAAAAUAAAAGGUAUUGCUGUUUUAUUAUUUACCGGUGAUGUGAUAUCUAUUAUUUCAGAAAAA